AUGGAAGGGAAAUCGCAAUUGUCACAUCUACGGUGUUGCAAGAUAACAAGGAGCAUUGACAGUUGCGGUGUCGGCGAUAUGGGCCUCUGUGAACCUGUUUCAAUCCUGUGCCGAGGCAGAAGGAAGGCGAGACUACAGACAUCUAUGGGACUACAGCUGAGAGACAUCCAGGUGUUGUUUCUGGUACUGAUGGUUGUGAUUGAACCGUUUCUUCGCUGUGCUGCUGCGGUUGGUGGCGUGGUCCCCCGAACGAGAACGGCCACGCCUGCAGCCGAUGACGAUCCCUUGGUGACACUCACGAGCUGCUUUCCCAGCGUAAUACUCAAUCCUUCAGCCAUCCCAUACACCUGCGAACUUAGCAAUACCCCAACAGUGAAUGAAUCGAAGCUCUCCGCCUCGUACUACAACCCAGCAGGUCUCAGUUCCUUCGGGCCGGCAACUCUUGAUAUGGAAGCCAAUACCAUUACAUUCGUGCCUAUUAUGGGGGGGGCUUCAGGACGUUGGGAAUUGGCCUUCACAUGGUUUUCUGACGCAGAACAAUUAUAUUUUCCUCUGACGACCAAUAAGAGCAUGAACUUCAUGAUGAUUGGAGAGACCCGUGUGGAUUUUGCUACACUCUAUCCGUAUUACGGUAUGGGUGUAUCGUUGGCACCCAAUCUCCCGAGCGGUACCACGGUUUCCAACUACAUGCUGGUCCGCUCUUUCAUUGACUGCCAGUACACCACUACAACCUGCACUGACACUGUUGGGUGCUACAGAAUGCUGCCACCCACACAUCUUCCCCCUCCAGGUGAAUACUGGCUCUGUGUCACGUCAAAUGACUGGAAUGACCAAUACCUUCCGUGGGGUGUGAAAUCUCUUGUGGUGAAAGUGCUGAUGGCCACGCCGCUGUACUUGACAGCUGGUAAAGACAGAAAUGUCGUGCUGCGGAAUGCAGAAUCUGUGGUAAAUGUGCCGGGGCGUGUGUUCCUGGUGCGGUGCCCUGGCAACAACUGCCCCCGUGUGACUACUGGCAGUGGGGAUGAGGUGGUGCGCCUUGAUGUGUGUGUUAACACCUCCGUCUCGUCGCGGGUGUACCUGUCCGACCUCCGUGUGCUGUCUGCAGAAGCUGGCGUGUACGCUGUGUGUGUCGAUG